AUGGCGCCUAUGAGUCUCCCCCCUGGCUUCAGGUUUCACGCCUACUAUCUUGACCGCAAAAUCAACGGCCGAGAUAUAGAGCUCGAAAUCAUCCCUGAAGUUGAUCUCUAUAAGUGCGAGCCAUGGGACUUACCAGACAAGUCAUUUUUGCCGGGGAACGACAUGGAAUGGUAUUUUUACAGCCCAAGGGAUAAGAAGUAUCCAAACGGGUCAAGGACGAACCGGGCAACCAGAGGCGGUUACUGGAAGGCGACAGGCAAGGACCGGGCGGUACACUCGAACAAGAGGGCGAUGGGGAUGAAGAAGACAUUGGUUUAUUAUAGGGGUAGGGCUCAACAUGGAACUAGGACUAAUUGGGUCAUGCAUGAAUACCGUCUCACUGACCCUGCCUCUUCUUCUACCUUAAAGGAUUCGUACGCGUUGUGUCGGGUGUUCAAGAAAAACAAAGAAGAGAAUGUUGGAAUCGAUGAUCAAAUUAAGAGAGUGGAUAUUCCAAAGAGACGACAAGAGCGUGAAUGA